AUGAAGGCCGUAAUGCAAGCGAUACGGUUACUAGUAGUCAUACAAAUCAUCAGAAAUGUCCGUUGUCAAGAUGGAUUCAGCGAUCGAGACUUACUGCGUCUCCAACAGAUGGCUUCCAACGAUGGCCAGGUUGAAACCAUCACUAGUUACAGUACCAACAUCAUUCAGAGGGAUCCGAAUAGUCAGUCGAUUAGUUCGGUGAGUGUACAAUACCAUAUGACAGAUCCUGAGAACAAUGAAGAAUACAACAGAGCAGAUCGAACAAGAACAAGAAAAGUGUACCGAAUUAAAAAUCCCUUUGAACAUCAAAAUCAUCAGGAUGAUCAUCACGAGACCAACACUGCUGAAACACAAGACAGCGGCACCGCAGCUAGUAACCAGUAUGCAGCUAUGCAAUACUCCCUGCCACCCGAAGAGUUCCUGCAGCAAAUGAGAGCGGAGAAUCAAUACUAUCAGCAACAACAAGUAUCUACUCAAGCCCCUCAUCUUAGCUACACAGCCACCCCACAACCCCAAUACCAAUAUUCCACAAUAUCCCCAAAUUAUGACGACAACAACCAUCAGUCAAACCAAAUACCCCAACUUGAACCGAAAAUGUCUGUUGGUCAAAAUUAUUUAACUAAUACAAACUCGUAUCAAUACGGUGGUGGUAAUUCUUAUAAUUUUGAUAGUAUUCAAAGUACACCAGCGUCUGUAACGCCACUUAUAUCAACGCCUCUUCCAAAUAAUCAAUAUGUGGGUACACAGUCAAACUCUUACGUUUCUAGUUCUUCGCCGAUUUAUAUAUCUAGUCCACCUAAUUUGCAAUCGUAUGUUUCAUCUCCAUUAUCAAAUAUUCAAGAUGUAUCUCCAGAUUACAGCAAUAGAGUGAGCUCAACUAUAGGAAGCAACUCCCUUAAUUACGAAAAUGAGUUCCAAAAAAAGAUGAUGAUAGAUCAUUAUGAUAAUUCCGCUCAUGGAGUAAGAUACCCGGUAAACAUGCAACAAUACCAAAAUGAUUAUCCAUCCUCUACUCCGGUUCCUUCUUCGUCUCCUUAUUCAGAUCAAAGUCAUGAUUCGUGGCGAAAUCAACAAAAUGGAAUUAACAGUGUAUCGAAAUCUCUUCAAGAAUUAUCACUUACUCAGUAUCAAAAUUAUCCAUAUAAUAAUAAUCAACAAGAUUUGAGAUCAGAUGCUAAUGAUAACUCGAAUAGUGACAACCACCGGAUGGGAAAUGUACCAGCUGCUAACAAUUUAUAUCUAAAUUAUGCUCAACCAGAAUAUCAAUCGGAUAACUUGAAGGGGCGAAUAAAAAGCUUUGAAGAAAAUGGUCAAAAUAAUAACUAUUACUCACAUGGUGAUUAUGGAUGGAAACUUCAAAAUAAAAAGGCUUUAGUAAGUACAGAAAAUUAUCCGCAAGGAAGCUUUGGAAGAUAUCAAUACUCUAAUCAGCCUUCAGCUUUACAAAGUUCACCAGGUAUGGCGGUAAGUCAGAUGAAUUUCCAUAUGGAUACCGGCAGGCCGCAGAACUAUGACCAAGUAUCAAAGUCAAGCGCCGAUACCAUAGAUACCCAAGAUUUUGCUAGAGCAGCAGCAAAAGCACAAGAAAGACAGCAACAACAACAACAGCAACAACAACAGCAACAACUAUACGGGAAUAACUAUCCGACAAACUACAAUAUACCGAAUCCAACACCUGGACCUAAUUAUGGCAUCAAUGACAAGCAAAGAAAUAGAUUCAAUGAAAACACAAAUUCUAAUAACUAUCCAUACAAUGGCAAUUUGCAAACAGAUUUAAUAACAGCUUCACCUUAUUAUUAUACAAACUCAAAAGAUAGCAGUUAUGAUCAGAAAUCCAAAUUACCAUUUGACCAUGACAAAGCUUUGAAAAACAUUGUUCCCAUAGAUGUUUCAAAUGUAGUUGGAAACUCAGAAUCACAAGUAAGAGGGUUAGGAGGCCAAGAUAAUAAUAACAGAUUUAAUGUACAAAACUCAGGCAAAAAUCAACUUGAAGAAAAUUUGAAGCAAUAUUACAGAUCGGUCACAGAUGCUUACUAUAAAGAUAAAAACUCUAUUUAUGGAUUCAAUAUAAAAACAAAGCCAGAAGACAUAUUAAACAGCGAAAGCAAGCAACUUGACUCAAAUUUACCAUUUUAUGCAAAGCAGCAACAAAUUCAAGAUUCUCUGUAUAAUCUACAAGACAAACGUUACUUUGAAGGUUCGAGUGCAUCUCCAACUUUUGUUUCAUCACCAAAUAGUCCAUAUCAAGAUAAUUUCCAAUCAUCAGCAAACAUUCAGCAACAAGGUUUACAGCGACCACAAAACACCAUGCCUAGUGAUAUCGCGAAUAUAUUGAAACUUAAUGACGUACCAUAUCGUUUUUCCUCCAGUUUAUCAGAAGGAGAUACGUUGCGGUUUAAUAACAAUUUUGAUACAGCAGUGAUACCUACUCCUUUGCCAACUAGAAUUAACCAGAAUGUUGGAAGCCACCAAAUUGAUGUCUCGAUUCUUAACAAACUGUUGAAUAAACAAACUCCACUUAAUCUUAACAGGCCCGAUAUUGACCCUCAGGCCAGUGGAUUAAUAUCGAAUAUAAACGGAUUUAAAGUUGCUAACCCCUUCAAUGUAGAUCUCAAAUUAGUUGCAGAUAUGUUAAAAGGAAAACCAGCAAUUGAUGAUAGUCAUUUAUUACCUUUGGGUAACCAAUUCAGUAAGACCAUCCCUUUGAAACUAGAUUUAUCGCAAUUGCAACAAUUACUUUUGAAAAAUGAUAAUACUGGUAGUUAUGCAUCAAUAAACGAUGGUUUAAGUGCCUUUGCUAAUCCAUAUUUGGAUUUUUAUAAUCCUGGGCGACCUUACCAAGGUGUAAAGUAUUCUCGUAGUCAAGAAGAAGAAGAAAGUGAGAGUAUUAUACCAAUAGCAGAUGCUUCCAACAACCAUCCUAUUGGUGCAGUUAUAGAACAACUGGAUGACAUAUCAAAUGAACGCGAAGCAAGUACUGGAUCAGAUGUCACAGCUCAAGACGAUGAAGGCUUGCCGAAUAAAUUCGAAAAACGCCCUAAGCAUGCCAUUAUUUCAGGACACAGGAUAGCUGAUAGACACCGACAUCCAAACUCUUUGCAAGGUCAGCGUUCAUAUCAAAGAAAAUAUCCAAAGUUACAUUCAGAUGAACCCUAUCCUUUGUUAAAACCGCCUCCGCCUCAGACAAAAAGUCGGGAAUCUCGUAAUAACUUUGAAAAGAAAAACACUAAGCGACGUCGUUAUAAGCCGAAGCUAGUUCGAGUUAUGAAAACUGAACCUUUAUAUGAAGCUGGUACCAAUACUGAAGAAGAAGACGAAGCUUCCGUUCCGACGUUACUACGGCCACCGCCGCCUAUCGCUGAUGCUAAAAUGGAUAGACUUGAUGAUGAGGAAAAUACGUAA